GACCAGUUUUGAACGUACAACCUCGACCGAAAUACAUCGUGAAGCUCUUCUACUGCGUAUUAUAUCGGGUUAUGGAGACCAUGUCGGAUACUAGGCUGAUGGAUACUGAACCGGGUGGCGAGAGUACCCAGUAUGAAUCUAUUCGAGAAUUUACGGUGACACCGGCGAAGCAAACUGGACAGCUAGGUGGAAAUGCACCGCAUACGAGGAGUGAAAUGAUGCGUCUCUGGGAUCCGGAUACUACUUCCACCGCGGAAGAUGAGGACGCCGAAUGGGCAAGGAGGUUUUCUGGACAAAGUGGUGUCAUGGGAGAAGUGGAUAAAGACCUGAAGCCCGACACCCAAGAUGGCGAUGCACAGGCAGCGAGGUGUAGGAGACUGCAGGGAUAUGGACCUGGUUCCGGCGUCGGAGCUUAGAAAUUGCUGCGCGCAGAUAAUGUAGUUGAUAUGAUCAAAUGGAAUAUAAGCGAUUCAUUUAUUGAGAAGCAGAGGGGCUAGACGAUGUCGAACUGGGCGGCGUAGACAUGUUUGCCGUGCCCAGGGCUGGGCUCCGGCGGGGGCGCUUAAGGCUCUCCAGAGUCACGCCGUUGCCGAGCUUCGUCAAGCCGACAACAGGGGGAUCGCCCUUCUUGCAGAACUCCCAGAGGCC